CACACACCCACACACAUACACAUGUAGAGGUACACAAAACCUCAGACUCACACGACUGAGCACGCACACACUCAGACGUACUGCAAACUCUCCACAGGAAACUCUGAGCCAUAAUGCGAAGGCACCUCAGAGCAGACGGGUGCAUUGCUCAAACCAAGUGGGAUACGCUGCGGCUUUGAUAGUGCGUUAAUUACUCAUGUGAUGUGAUACAGAUGUCUGGGGGCUUCAGCUGAAAGUUUGCCUGACGCUUUCCAAGGGGGCCAGGCAGACAUUUUAGAAGCGUGAUACAUUGGGACCAUCUUUCUGUCAGUGAUAUCAAAGCGCUCAAUGCGUCCCAUAAUGGGCUCUCCAGCUGGACAUAUGUUUUUGCUAAUGGCCUGUAUGGCAGCCAGAGGAAUCUGCCAGAUAAACAGAGCUGAAGCGGACCAGGACCCUCUCUCCAGCUUUCUCGUCCACUCCACCCUCCAGUCUGGUCUCUACAGCACUGUCAGUCCAAGCACGGGGCCCGGCAUCCACCAGCGGACACAAGCGGUGGUAUCUGGCUCUGGCAACGCAACUGCAGUAAAGAAACCACCUAAUUGCACUGUAAAUACCUCAAUCAACGCACAUUUUAAGUACAUCAACACAAUCAUUUCCAUUAUAGUCUUUGUAGUCGGGAUAGUAGGCAACGCCACCCUGCUGAGGAUUAUAUACCAGCACAAAUGCAUGAGGAAUGGACCCAACGCCCUCAUUGCCAGCCUGGCCCUGGGCGACCUUAUCUACAUUGUCAUUGAUAUACCCAUCAAUGUGUACAAGCUCCUGGCAUCACGCUUCCCAUUCGAUGACAGCAUUGUGGGCCUGUGCCUUUGUAAGUUUGUUCCCUUCCUGCAGAAAGCAUCUGUGGGCAUCACAGUGCUCAACCUGUGCGCCCUCAGCGUCGACAGAUACCGGGCUGUGGCAUCGUGGAGCAGAGUGCAGGGCGUGGGCAUCCCUCUGAUCACCGUCAUUGAGAUCGUGUCCAUCUGGGUGCUUUCACUCAUCCUGGCAGUGCCGGAGGCCGUCGGUUUCGACAUAAUCACCUUCGACUAUGCCAACAAAACCAUGCGCACUUGCAUGCUUAGACCCCGGAGUGCCUUCAUGGAGUUCUACAGAGAUGCAAAGGACUGGUGGCUGUUUGGCUUCUACUUUUGCGUACCACUGAUUUGCACAGCUAUCUUCUACACUCUCAUGACCUGCGAGAUGCUCAACCGCAGGAAUGGCAGCCUCCGGAUCGCUCUCAGUGAGCACCUCAAACAGAGGAGAGAGGUGGCCAAAGCUGUCUUUUCCCUCGUCCUCAUCUUUGCCCUCUGCUGGUUCCCACUGCACCUCAGCAGGAUUCUUAAGAAGAUGAUUUACAACCAGACAGAGAAAAUGCGAUGUGAGCUGCUCAAUUUCCUGUUGAUCCUGGACUACUUUGGCAUCAACCUUGCAACAAUCAACUCCUGCAUAAAUCCCAUUAUCCUCUACUUUGUCAGCAAGAAGUUCAAAAAUUGCUUCAAGUCGUGUUUGUGCUGCUGGUGUUACUCCGACAAUCAGCUGAACAGCACCGGACCCAUGAAUGGCACCAGUAUUCAGUGUAAAAGUCCAGAGCCCAACAACUUCCACACUGACCGCGGUACCAGAAAGUACAGCAACUGAGUUCCCGGCUGAGGAGUGUCUUUGAAGCUUUUCUGUAUCCCCAUCAAGCACUUAAAAUGUGACCAAUACUCAUAUUAUAAUACAUAAAUCAAAAAAAUGUACACAUUCAGACAAUAAUCUACGUGAGGACUGCAGAAGCAAAACAUGAAUAUGGCAGGCAUGCAUUAGGAACUGGAAUAAAAGGGAUGAAAAUGGAUUGGGGAACUUCAAUACGCUGGUGUUUCCUGAGUCUCUCAGCAGACUAAACUUCCUCCAACAAACUCCUUCUGUUCCCACACCCACGGACAGUGACUCUAGCUUGUAAGAAGAAGGAGGAGGAAAGCAGGAGGAGGAGAACUUUUAAAGGGAAGCAGCUGAGCCUCACUAUAAAUUGCUCUCUAUCAGGAGCCAAGUGUGCUAUUCCUGUAAAGGGCAGCACCACUGGGAAGGAUGCUGCAGGAAGGAAAAAGCUGACUGUUCUCCGUCAGAGGGGAUGACGAGUGAUGAGUCCCCUGGAGUUUGCUACUUACUGAUAAUGAAAAACAGGAAAGCAUGCUAGUGACAGUUGUUGUACAGUAUAUUUGGCACAUACUUAUUAUUCCCUGAGCUACUACGUGGUAUAAACUAGAGGAUGACUUUAAAGUUUAUUCGCCUGAUGUUUAAGUCCCACUGCUUUUUUUGAGUUAUCAAGAAAGGGGUGCACUCUGGAUGUAUCUGAACAAAAUCACUGACAAAAACACAA